GUACAAAUAAAUAAAGGGUCAAAAGAGAAGAGGGUGAAGUUCAAGCAAUAAUAAAAGUGAGAUAAUAACCAUAAAAUUUAGUUACAUUGAAACAUUUUCAUGUUUACAAUUAAUGUUACAAAUAAGAUUUCGUGAUGCUGUUUUUUAAUUUAAUUUUAUUUACAUUCGUUGUAUCGAGUUGGUGUAAAUUUCCAAAUGUGUAUCCAAAGUUAAAAUCAUAUCAGCAUGCUCCUGAUCCUGAUGAUCCAGGUGCACCAUUAUUUUUAACACCACUAAUAAAUUCUGGAAAAAUAUCUGAAGCACAGAAUGCGGCAAAAGUUGAUUGGAUCGGUUUUAAAAAUACAACAUCUUACGCUGGAUAUUUAACUGUUAAUGAAAAAACGAAUUCAAAUUUAUUUUUCUGGUUUUUCCCUGCAUUAAACGAUUUUGAAAAUGCCCCAGUUAUACUGUGGUUACAAGGUGGUCCAGGAGCAACAUCACUUAUUGGAUUAUUUACUGAAAACGGUCCAUUUGUUAUAAAAACUAAGCAUGGUGUAAAAUUGCGUAAAUAUUCCUGGCAUUUAUAUCAUUCAGUAAUAUACAUAGACAAUCCAGUGGGAACUGGAUACAGUUUUACUGAUAAAGAUGAAGGAUAUGCUCAAAAUGAGACAGCGGUUGGAGAGGAUUUGUAUAAUGCAUUAGUACAAUUUUUCAAACUAUUUCCAAAUUUACAAAAGAAUCCAUUCUUUGUCACUGGUGAAUCAUAUGCUGGAAAAUAUGUGCCGGCUUUUUCAUAUACAAUCCAUACAAAAAAUCCGAGUGCGGGUUUAAAAAUUAAUUUACAAGGACUUGCAAUGGGAAACGGAUUGAGCGAUCCUGGAAAUCAACUAUUAUACGGUGAUUAUUUGUAUCAACUAGGUUUGGUAGAUAGCAACGGAAGAGAUUACUUCCAUAAAGUUGAAGAUCAAUGUAGAGCGUUUAUAAAGGGCGGCAAUUGGAUUGAAGCUUUUGAAACAUUCGAUAAUCUCUUAAAUGGUGAUACGAUUAAUGGUUCAUCCUUAUUUUCAAAUAUAACUGGAUUUCAUUUUUAUUUUAAUUAUUUGCAUAGUGAAGACUACGAUAGCAUGGAUAUGAUGAGUUCAUAUGUUCAAAAAAAUUAUAUUCGAAAAGCAAUUCAUGUUGGUAAUAAAACAUUUAAUGUUGAAACGUCGAAGGUUGAAGAUCAUUUGAAACAGGAUGUAAUGCAGUCGGUAGCACCGUGGAUUAUACAGUUGUUAGCCAAUUAUCGUGUACUGAUUUAUAAUGGUCAGUUGGAUAUUAUUGUGGCAUAUCCAUUAACUGUGAAUUAUUUAAAGAAUUUAAAUUUUAAUGGUGCAAACGAAUAUAAAACUGCACCACGUAAAUUGUGGUAUGUUGAUUCAGAGUUAGCUGGAUACGUUAAAACUGCUGGUAAUCUUACAGAAGUUUUAGUAAGGAAUGCUGGACAUAUGGUGCCUACAGAUCAACCCAAAUGGGCUUUAGAUCUUAUAUCUAGAUUUGUUGCUAAUAAACCAUUUGUUACAGAAGAAUAAAUUUU